AUGGCCGGCAGACUUGCCCUGGUCAUAUUGUACUCAGUCCAAAUCCUCGCACUUCCAACUCCAAACGAAAACCAAAUCGCAUCCAAAUCCCUUGCGUCAACCACGCACGAUAAGCGAUACUACUUCCCAGAAACCCUCCCGGACCAAGAUGAGCUCGAAGCAAUGCUGAAAGAAACAAUGCGCGAAGCAGGCUUCAUCCCCUCAUCAAAACCAGUUACGGAGUCCGAGCAUAAAACAAACACGGAGCUUCGAUAUGCACUUCCGAAUACGGAUGCAGUGAUCGGCACGGCUACACCGGCUACACCGGCAUACACUCAAGACACAAAGCUGUCGCAGUCGCAGUCCAUUCUGAAAGAACCUAUCAUGGCCAUACUAGGAUCAGAUGGCUAUCCGACUUACUGGCCACCGUUUGGAUUCUUUGUUAUCUCCGCUGCGAUCGUGUGUUUCUUUACCGUACUGAGGGGGAUCCGCGCUAAGUGA